AUGUGGAGGGCUAUACGAAAAUACUCAACCAAGCCAUUCUAUGUGACUAGUCCCAUCUUCUACGUCAACGCAAGCCCCCACUUGGGCCACGCCUACUCCAUGUUGUUGUGUGACACCAGAGCAAGAUGGGAGCGUUUGAAUCCCGAGAAAUCGUCGUAUCUCUUGACAGGUACCGACGAACAUGGAUUGAAGAUCCAGGCCGCUGCCGAAAAGCGUGGUGUCGAUCCCAAGCAAUUGGUGGACGAAGUGUCCCAGAACUUCAAGUUUUUGGCCCUGAAGUUGAAUAUUGGCUACGAUAGGUUUAUCAGGACAACCGAUAGUGACCACAUGGAAACCGUGAGGUACUUCUGGGAUUUGAUGAAGAGCAAGGGCUUGAUCUACGAGGGUUCCCAUAGCGGAUGGUAUUCUAUCAGCGAUGAAACCUUCUACCCAGAGAACCAAAUCAUGGAAGUCACCGAAAAUGGCGUGAAAAAGAUGAUAGCAAAAGAAAGCAGAACCGAGGUCAUCUUCCAAGAAGAAAACAACUAUUUCUUCAAAUUAUCUCAGUUCCAAGACCAAUUAAUUCAACACAUGGAAGAAAACCCCGACUUCGUCGUGCCCAAAUCCAAGUACAACACGUUAUUGGCAGAACUCAAGCUGACGAAGUUGUCUGAUCUUUCCAUUUCAAGACCAUCCUCAAGAUUGAAAUGGAGCAUUGAAGUGCCCAACGAUCCGUCCCAAAAGAUUUAUGUCUGGCUUGAUGCUUUACUCAACUAUCUUACCGCUGCUGGCUUCCCAAAUACUUUCAACAAGACUGAGUCUAGCUUUGAGACUCAAGCAUCAAAUAUAUGGCCCGCGACCCAUGUUGUGGGUAAGGAUAUCAUCAAAUUCCACUGUGUGUAUUGGCCAAUAUUCUUGAUGGCCGCUGGUGUGCAGCUUCCUACCCAGGUUAUAGUUCAUUCUCAUUGGCUCAGUGAAGGAUUUAAAAUGAGCAAAAGUUUGGGAAAUGUUGUUGAUCCUAUUGCCACGCAAGACUAUUAUGGCGAAGAUGCAUUGAGAUUCUUUUUGUCGGAAUAUUCCAACAUCGAAACCGAUUGCAACUUCAGUGAGGCUGCUUUCAGUCUGAGUAGGGAUACAUUAAUCGGGAAGUAUGCCAACUUGGUCACUAGAUGUGGAGGAGCAAAGUUCAACAUUGAGCAGAGUGUUGAGUUUUACGAACAAGGUCAGUACGAAGGUAUUGAUGAUCUUAUCACCAAGAAAGCCAUUAAUCCUGAAGCAGCUGAAAGUAUCAUCAAGUUGGGACACGAAUUGAAACAUAAAUUGGAUUCCUUGUACUUGACAAUGGACAAGAAAAUGGCGCAAUUUGAUCAAAUGAAGGCUAUCCAAGAAUGGUGGUCCGUUAUAGAGCUGGCAAAUGUCUUCUUCCAAACUGCCGAACCUUGGUUGUACUCCAAAAAGUUGAACGAUGAUAAGGCUUAUCAAAUCCUCCAGAACUAUUACGUUUUCUUAGCUGCAGAGAGCAGUAGAAUUUGUUCUAUCUUGAUAAGUGCAAUUAUUCCCAACUUGGCAGGCAAAAUUUUGGACAGAUUGGGAGUUGAUGCUUCCAAGAGGAGUUCGCAUAACGCCAGAGUUGGCGGAGACAUAACUUAUGGUAAGAAUGCUAAUUCUAAAAAGCAUAAAAUUCCGAUAGAGAGAGUUCCAACAAGAGAAUAA